GCGGCAAACAGAAGGGCCACUCUCGCCGGGAAGGCGGAGCCUUCUUGCUAGGCGCGAAAUUCGUAAGGCGCUCCCGGACGCAGACGCCUUUCCUUGCGCUUCCUGUUUUAAGCUGUCGCAAUGUUCUCCGUGGUCCCAGGUUACUCUCCUGGCUUCAAGAAGCCCCCUGAGACGCUGCGGCUGAAGAGGAAAAGGGCUCGAAGAAGCAAAACGGCCCCUGGGGAGUCUCCUAAGGCGACAAUCCCUUGUCCGACCAGCGACUCUGCUUUUUCCCCUCGGCCUUAUCCGGGGAGCCGGAGGCGCAACCCCUUCUUGAGCUUGGAAAAUCGCCCGCGCCCUUCGUCGGGGACCAGCCCGUUCUAUUCCACCGACGCGACGGCGGCAGGGACGGAUUUAGUAACUGGGAACGGCGCAUACAACUCCCGCGGUCAGUUUUUAAAUGGUCUUCAAGAAAAUGCACCUAUCUGCAAAGAGGAGUUUUCUGAAGCAACAUCUGUUGACUCAUUGAUCAAUGACAGAUAUCUGGCCACUUCCAAUGCUAUCGUUUCUUCCUCCCCAAGUUAUGAAUUUCCUGCAGACUGGAGUAUUAAAACUCGCCUUCUGUUCACAUCUUCCCAGUCAUUUGCAUGGGCAGAUCAUUUAAAAGCACAAGAAGAAUCCCAAGGCUAUGUACAGCAUUGCAGAGCAGCAUUAAUAAACUUGCCUCAAAGUAUUCAGGAACCAAAGCUUUCCACAGAGCUCCGAUGUGCUUUCCAGCAAAGCCUUGUAUAUUGGCUUCAUCCUUUUAUGCCAUGGCUACAGCUGUUCCCUCGUAUUGGAGCAGACAGAAAAAUGACUGGGAAAAAUAAUCCUUGGUGCUAUGAUGAAGCAGUCCAACAUGUUCUCAUAAGUGAAUGGUGUCUCAGUUUUACUUCCCUUUAUAACCUGCUGAAAGCCAAACUUUGUCCCUAUUUCUAUGUUUGCACUUACCAGUUCACUGUGCUAUUCCGUGCAGCAGGAUUAGCUGGAAGUGAUGUGAUCACUGCACUGAUUUCUCCCACAACAAGAGGCUUUAGGGAAGCCAUGAAAGAUGAAGGUAUUGAAUUUUAUUUACCUUUUCAAGAAGUUAGAAAAAGGAAAUGGAAUGCAUUGGCAUCCCACUUAGAAACAGGACUUGCUAAAGAUUCUGAAACAACAGGCAAGGAUGCUGAGAAUGACGAGGAACAAGGAAUGAGUGAUGAUGAAGAAGAAGGAUUUUCGUGGUUGGAAGAGAUGGGAGUUCAAGACAAAAUUAAAAAGCCAGAUACAAUUUCUAUCAAACUCUGUAAGGAGAGAAAUGAGGUACAAAUGGAUCACAAACCUGAAUCUCUUGUGUUGGUGAAAGGAACAAACACAUUCACUUUGUUAAACUUCUUGAUAAAUUGUAAGAGCUUAGUGGCUGCUGCAGGCCCUCAGAGUGGCAUCCCUCCCACACUCCUUUCCCCAGUUGCCUUCAGAGGUGCAUCAAUGCAAACACUCAAGGCCCGAAGCAUAAAUGUACAAACACAAGUCCAAUCACAUUACAAAGAUAUAUUUAGUUUGGAGAUUGUGGGCCCUAUCAUGCCUCACUGUCUGCAUUCUUUGUCCAUGCUGCUCAAAUCUGCUCAGAAUGGAUCUUUUUCUGCUACGUGUCAUACACAUGAGCCAACAGCAGUGUUUAACACAGACAUCAGUAAUGAACAGAGCAUAAAGAAGGAAACCCUUAGCAAGGACCUUAGGAAGUGUGGAUUGCAUCCUGACACUUUGGAUCAACUUACUCUUUGUCCAACGUUAGGAAAGUCAUCUAUAAGGCUCCUAGAAAUGAACAAUUAUGUCUACACGUGGAAAGUCUAAGCAAGCACUAUCGGUCAAUGAAGAAUUACCAUUCAUGUUCCUUAAAUACAUAGUGCCGUUUUGGAUGGGCAUAAGAGCAAGGACAUCUUACACUUCUUAAAUGUGCAAAACCUGUACACUAAUGCUACUGGGGAGAUUAGCCUUCCUAAGCUAAGCUAAUGGGACACUGACUAUUGUGUAUUGAACAGCUAACACAACCACUUCCUUAUUUUUUUCUUCCAAAAUUGAAACAUUGAUUUUUACACAUUUUAAAUUAAACUUUGAACCAUGA